GCCUGAUUUCCUGAGUUCCAUCAUUCAGGGAAUCUCAAGCCAAAGACUUCAUUCAAGCCAGAAAAUCAAAGCGUUUACUCUAGUGACGAAAGUAAGAUGAAGACACUAUUCAUUCUUGCAGCUUUGACUCUAGUCGCGGUGUGGACCGUUGAAGGAGCAAGAGUUCAAGAUUCCAUCGUUCUUCGCGUGUUCAACAAAGAUUUGAGAAUCUCUUCUGCGAAGAUGCACGCGAUCCUCAAAAAGGCCAACCUUGAAUCCCACGGGUUCGAGAAGGAGGUCAUCACUAAACUAGUCCGUCAUCCAGUCAGCAAAAAAGCUGAGUACACCAAGACUUACUACUACUACAAGACGGUAACUUGUGACAAGGCUCUAGAAGUUGAGCAGGAACUGGAAAAGCUUCUUGGAGGUAAAGUACUUGGAGCGAGCGUUUAUCGUAAGGCUCAGAGAGACUUCAAGAAAAUCGGUGACCCAACAAAAACCUGUAAAUCCGGACUCGAGGUUCAUUUCAGAAACCAGCAGCACUGUGGGAAAAUGGCGGACGACGAGAACCUUGACAAACGUAGUGCAGCACCUUGUGGUUUUUGCCUGGGAUGCUGGCGUGCAGUUAAAUAUUGAUCAUUGUAACGCCUUAGGUGCAAAAUGACUAAAUCAGAACAUAAAUUACAAUAAAGGAACUUAUUAGUCUCAAUGAAAA